GGAUGUUACAAUUCAUCUUGAAGCUGGAACGCCGCGCGGGGAAAGUCACCAAGGAGGGUAUCCGACAAACCCUCGACGCGACCGUCUCUACUAACACUAAUACGUCUGAGCAGGAUCGCAACCUUUCCCUUCAUGAAGAGGUAGAGAACCUCCAACUCCUCAGCGAAAACGCAUGGCAGCGCUUAUACCUCGUCGACCGACAUUGGCGAGGGCAAAGUCGUCAGGAGCGCAAUGCCCAGGAAACACAGGAAUGCCCCCCUAUCCGGAUCGAGAGCGAACCGAGUGUAAAAGCAUGGCUUAAAGAAGAGGUUCGUAUAAACGACACGGUGGGCGAAGACCCGUGCUACUACACAAUCGCGGACUUAGCCAGCGGGCGCAGCUUCGAGGACUGGGUCGCGCACCUGAGGGACACGUGUAAGUUUACAGACCACCCGGCCGACGAGGCUAAGCUGGUAGAACUAGCUUGGCGAUUCUUAGACCGUAGUCUUCGAGGCCCGAGGCCUGAUAGCGGUGCACGAGUGAGCGACUUUAUCCUCGGUCUUGAGGAGAAAUCGCAGAGUGGUGUUUUUAGGGAGGCGCUUGAAAACCCCAGGAGGCAGGUAGAGGAUGACGAGCAGGCUUGGAGGGCUAUUAGGAGGUGCCUGGGGUCGAGGAUUCACCAGUAUUCGUAGGUAAGUAGCAUAAUUUCAUUAGCAUAGGCAAUGUCAGGGGUUACUAGAUGAAGCGACCUAGAAGCUCUCUACCAAGGCACCGCCAGAUGUAUAUAUAAAGGGAGGUGAGGUUCUAUGGAG